CGCUGUAGCUUCCCUCCUCCGUUGAUCAUCGUCGCCGACGCCGACGCCGGGAUCAACGGCAACGACAACAAAUAUACGUCCUACGACCUUGAACUCCUGUGUUUUGACGAACAUUCAUGAACAGGACCCUCACACAUGCUGUUGGAGGACUCGAAAACCCAAUGACACCCGCAGAUCCAAAACCACCAGGAAAGCGGAAAGCAGUUGAUGAUACUAAUCCUCUUGUACAGGCAGCAAAGAGGCCAAAGCCGAACGGCGCGUUCAAACGAAAGUACAUUGGCGAGGAACAGCCAGGUGGGCUUGUCAUUGUACGCGCGCCGAUAUCGCGUCCUACAACUCCGCAGAACAAUCAUUCAUCAUCCCAGCCAUCCACCACAACUACCCAAGCACCAUCCCGUCUUCCCUUAUCUCUUUCGCAACCCAUUCCCUCCAGCUCCAUAGCCGGGCCUUCCAAGCCGCCAGCUAAGAGAUUCAAAGCUGACUCGUCACGCGCACCUACCAGUGUCAAGCCACGCGAUGUACCCUCUUCGACACGCGAGGAACCAGAGUUGGAUGAGGAUAUCAGACAGAUGGAAUCAGAGACUGUUCACCUUCGUCAGCGGUCGCGCGCCAAAGAUGCAAUCGAUUCUUCAUUCAAAUUCCCUCCCUCUACACCUAAACACACUUCUCAGCGAUACCCCUCUGAUGCGCUUCAUCCACUGCCCGACAGCGAAACUCCACAAAUAGAGCGCAAUAAAUUACUCCGUGAAGGGGUGUCCCUUCCCCCGCGUACCCCCCAAAGGACACCCCAACACUCUCGACGAACGUCGAUGAGCGCGCGUGGAAAGCGCAUAAGCACAAGUUUUGAAAACACUGGUGUGAUCACUCAACCACAUGCUACUGUAUCUGAUUCGAGCUUCUAUAAACACAUUGACUGCGACCUCCCUGAUCCGCAACGAGCACGUCAGCUACUCGUCUGGUCGGCUGCCCGAGCUAUGACGAGAAUAUCUGAAGCAUCUUCAAGUUCGAAGUCCCAGUCAAAAUCCAAAGCAUCAAGUAGCGGAAGUGGCAAAGACCCACCUCCGCUUGAUGAGCACAGAAAGCAAAUUCUGAAGAUCGUACAGGACGACUUCAUUCGCAUGCUUGCGGAGAAGAAGAUCGAUACGCCCGUAUAUGGCCAUGGUCUGGAUGGGCAGGCUGGUGGCGAACAAAAUCUGAAGCCAAAUGAACAGAAUGUGAAAAAUAGAGAGCGAGAAAUCAAGUUUCGCGAGCAUAUCGAGCGUGCAUCAGCAGAGGCUGAUGCGUGGACUCAAGUCGAUUACUUUUACAACUCUUAUAUCACCAACUCCAAGGCGGAUCUGGAGAGACGACGCCAAGCUCUGCAGCCCCCUUCGUCUGUCAAGGCGAAGGGCAAACAACGAGCCGCUUCACAAGAGCCACCGGAUGACUGGGGGUGGUUGCUACCUCGUGAGGACGAACUUUCGGACGCUUUUCGAGAGAAGAUUAAUCUGGAUCUCAUCAAACACAUAAUGUCUGAUGUGAGAUCAGGGUCGAGGAAUAUCCUCGACGAACGAAUAGCGGGUGUCCACUUUAAGGUGGACAGUCUGUUCUCAUUUGUUCACUCUGCAGUUCAGGCGACAAACGUAGCUGAGUCAGAACUCGACUAUCGGUUCUCUUUGCUGUCACUGGCGCUUUCGACGCGGUCGCGUUCUCUUCCUCCCUCAUCACAAAUUUCUUCCCUUUCGUCACAUUUACCGAUUCAGAGAGGCUCGAGCCAACAUCCACAUGAAGACCAGCAAGAUCUUUUCCGUGCGCUAUCACGAGUAGAUAUGGACCGCCCGCCAGCCAAAGUUGGGGACGCUGCCCGGCGUGCUGUCCGAGAAGUGCAGCGGGUACAGGAAGGCGGUGGUUUUGCAGGCGAGCGGCGGCUGACAGGGCUACCAUCCGGAAUUGGUGCAACACCACGCAAGGUUCCAGGGACGCCUCGGCGGAAGGAGCGAUGACGAUAACGUUUUACCUUCCCCUGCGGCAUAUAUACGUGUUGGUGUUUGGAUUAUCUAUUCCUUGUAUCUGCAGGAUGCGAAUAUUGUGAUUCUCAGGAAGGUGUAUCAGAUGCAACAUUACUUAUCUGCGCGUAUCUUAUUCCAAAGUAUUCGGUGGGGCUUGC